ACAACGGUAGCUGCUUGAUCACUCGUGUCGCUCGUUGCAUUAGACAGAUAGCCAGCACACCCCCGUCGUUCAUCGGGCUCACAACUGCACUCGCCUCGCCAGUUGUAUUGGAGAGGAUAGAUAGCUCUUCGCCAGAGAAGGAUUGCCCUCUUGAGAUGGGCUGUUCUUUCAUCUCUAUCUUGGUUCCAUCCUAAUGGAUCUAAAUCUAUGGCCGCCAAGCAAAUCACGGAUGACGAUGAACUGUGUCUUCUCCUGCCACUGUCAGGGCCUCAGCCCUAUGAAUGUCAGAUACCUGUAUGCGGCUAUCUUCCUCCUGGCGAACCUGUCUGCGUGGUUCGCACGAGAGAACACCGUAUCAUAUCACCUGAAGCAGCGACUCAGCGGAUGUCAGGGUGACCGGGGUUGUCUCGCGGUUGAAAGCGUGCUCGUGGCAAGCCAUGCCUUCUUUCUCUUUUUUAUGACCAUGUUCUUCUCCACUGUACGCACCGGCAAGGUGAAUGAGUUGAGAAAUUCAUGGCACUCCGGGUGGUGGCCAGUGAAGAUUGCCCUCUUCAUGGUCUGUUCUCUCAUCUCUGUCUUGGCUCCAUCCUGGUGGAUCCAAAUCUAUGUUAUGAAACAUUGUAGAGUCAGAAGACGACGUAUCAUAUGGGUAUGGCUUUUUCCAUUUCGCCUUCGCGGCGGGCUCCAUGUACGUCAGGAUGGUGUUUGUCGGCUGGGACACACAUCAUACAAUGAAGCAAUGGAGCGUGGAUAUUGGGUGGAUGAGCACGUGGGUUCAUAUCGCCAAUGAGGCUCUCGUAGUAGUAUUCUACAUAGCAAUACUUGUUGCUAGAAUUUUCGGAAUAGGCUUGCUCCGACAUCUCCUUGCCAAGAUCUUCGGGACAGGUGACCGAUUGCAUAGUGGUGAAUCCCAGACGACGACCACACAUCUGAUGAGAUGUACACAACGUCGUCGUCUUUUUCAUCAUUCUACCGAACAACUGAGGAGACGAUGACCACAUCCGAUGAGAUGUACACAACACCGUCAUCUUUGUCAUCAUUGUACCUAACACCCGAGGAGACGCUGAACAAUGAUGCCAUUUCGAUAAGCAACUACGACACUAAUGAUCCACCUUCGCCGCCACCUGUAUCGUUGGUAUCUGAUGACGUAGACAUUUCUGAACCAUCACCUCCGCCAUCUCCGCCGCCACAUAGAGUGGAUGAGAUGGACAACUCUGAGGCAUCCUUUGUCCCACACCAUAUAGCUCCAAAUGUUUGAGGUACCAACUACCUCAGGCAAUAAUGAGGAGGAGGAUGACGAUUCUUUUAGAGAAUGGGAGAGUGAUUAAAUGUUUUCAUCAGUUACCAAUACCCCAAUUGUAGAUAGGCAUCGACGAUAUGUUGUAAUAUAGGUGGAGGCAUGUUUGUUGUAUGGAUUUUUUGACAUGGUAAGACAUGUUUGAUGCA